AUGAAAUUUUUAAAUUCUGUAGGUGGUGAUUCAAGAUCAAAUGCUUAUGCAUUUUUAUUAAACAAACAAAUAAAUGAUGUUAUUGAUAUUUUUGGAAAAAAUAGAAUUAUAAAAAAUGAUUAUGAAAAUUUAAAUUCUUGUGAUAUUCCAUUAGAUAAUACAACAUUUAUACAAGAAUAUUUUAAAAAAAUGGGUUAUAUGACAUUGAUUGGUGAAGAUUUUAUGCAAGGAGGUAUAUUUAAUUGGCCAUAUUGUAUUGGAUUUGAAAAACCACCUGUUCAUCAUUCAUUAAGUGCCCUUCAAGUUAUUUUAGAACGUUCAGAUCUUAAAGGAUUAACAAAAAAAAUAUUUAGAGAACGUUGUUACAGUAAAGGUUUUUUUAUUCAAGAGUAUAUGGAUGAUUUUUUGCAAAAAUAUAAAAAUAAAUUAAAAUUUUCAAUACUAUGGCAUUCAUAUAUUUUACAUGAUGAAUUAAAUAGUAUAUUUGCUGGUGAUGAUCUUUUAUAUGAUUAUUUUCAAAGAAAUGAAGCUUAUUUUAACAAUUCAUUUAAUAUAUUAAUGGGUGAUCAUGGUUUUAAAAUGUCAUAUUUUGUAGGAACAAAUAUAGGAUCAUUUGAAUAUAUGAAUCCUUAUUUUAUUUUAACAAUACCUAAUGAAUUAAAAUCUAAUAAAAAAUUAUUAAAAAAUUUAAAUGAAAAUUCAAAUAAGCAUAUAUCACAUUUUGAUAUUUAUGCAACUUUAAUUGAUUUAUUAACAAUUGCUUCAAAAGAUAAUUUUAAAAAUUUAGAUAAACAAGAAAAUUUUCCAAUUAUAAAUAAUAAAAUUAAAGGUUUAAGUUUAUUAAGACCUCUUCCAGAAUAUAAUCGUACAUGUUAUGAAAUGCGUAUACCACCACAAUAUUGUUUGUGUAAAGUAAAUAUCAAAAAACCAACAACUUCUUUUAAUAAAGAACGUUCUAAAUUAGCCAAAGGUUUUAUAAAAGCUCUUAAUAAUAAAUUAAUAGUUGGGAAUUUAACUGAUAAAUGUUCUCCUAUGAAAUUAGAUGAAACAGAAGAAUUUAAAGUUGAAAUUAUAGAAACUAAUGAAUUUGAUUUCAUUUAUAAAAUAAAUGCAAUUACUUUACCAGGACAAGCUAGAUAUUUAGCUUUAAUGAAUAAAAAUUUUGAAGUUAUUAAUGAUGAAAUAAUAAGAACAAAUAUUUAUAAAGAUCAAGCAGAAGUUUGUGAAAAAAAGUCACUUUAUAGAAUGUAUUGUUAUUGUAAAAUCUUAGUUAAAAAUGAAAAGAAAUAA